AUGACGGUAGAGUACGGUAAAAAGAGGAAACUAGAGAUCUCUGAACGUCCUUCAGUGAGAAAUUCAAGAAUUUUCUCACCUUUUAGAGUAGUCGGUAAUGUCAGUAAUACAAUUCCAUUUGCAGUCGGUACUCUGGGCUCUACGUUUUACAUCGUAACCAGUGUUGGUAAGUCGUUCCAAAUUUACGAUGCAAGUAAUUUACAUUUGCUGUUCGUUUCUGAGAAAGAAACUGAGAGACCCAUUGUAGCCUUGGCCACGCAUUUUCACUAUGUUUUCGCAGGAUUUGGUAACAAAAUUGGGGUCUAUAGACGUGGUAUCUGUGAGCAUAUUGUAGAAUUGAAUGAAAAUGUUACCGUGAAGGGACUCUGUGUUUUUGGUGACUAUAUGUGCGUCAAUGCGGAUGAUAACAGCGUCUACGUUUACAGAAAGGCAAAUUCCCAAGAUAAGUUCCCUACGGAGUACUAUACCAAGUUCAGUGUGGGUAAAUUGCAAGGUGGUGACAUCGUCCAAGUUGUGCACUUGGCUACUUAUUUGAAUAAAAUUGUGAUUGUAACGAAAUCGAAUCUUUUGUUGUACAAUAUUCGUACGGGGAAACUGCUAUACACUUCUGAUGAAUUUCCUGAACAAAUCACAGCUGUGGAACCAGCACCGGCAUUGGAUGUAUUGGCACUGGGUACCUGUUCUGGUGAAAUUAUCAUGUUUCACAUGAAGAAGGGCAAGAAAUUACGUACCAUUAAAAUCCCAGACUUGAGAAUCACUUCCUUGUCAUUCAGAACUGAUGGCUCUCCACACUUAUGUGUGGCCUCCAACAACGGGGACAUGAUCUUUUAUGAUUUGGAUCGCCGUUCCAGAAUACAUGUCUUGAAGAAUAUCCACAGUGCUGCCCUCAACGGUGUGACUAGAGCCACUUUUCUGAAUGGUCAACCAAUUGUGGUCACGUCCGGUGGUGAUAACAAACUAAAGGAAUAUGUGUUUGAUCCUUCUUUAUCGCAAGCAGAUGGUGAAGUCGUUGUACAGCCGCCUAGGUUCUUGCGUUCCAGAGGUGGUCACUCUCAACCACCAUCAACUAUCUGUUUUGCAGAUGCUGAAUCCCAUUUCAUAUUAUCUGCCUCUAGGGAUAAAUCUCUUUGGGGGUUCUCUCUAAGGAAAGAUGCUCAGUCUCAAGAGUUAUCUCAAAGAAUGCAUAAAAGGCAAGAUGGUGGUAGAAUUGGUGGUAGCACCAUGAAAGAAAAAUUCCCUGAGAUCCUUUCCUUGGCGAUAGAAAAUGCAAGAGCUGGAGAGUGGGAAAAUGUAAUCACUGCUCAUAAGGAUGAAAAGAAGGCACGUACUUGGGAUAUUCGCAGAAAAAGAGUUGGUAGAUGGUUAUUUGAUACUACGGAUGAUGGACUUGUUAAAUCUGUAGCCAUUUCACAGUGUGGUAAUUUUGGAUUUGUGGGAUCCUCUAACGGUAGUAUCGUCGCUUACAACAUGCAGAGUGGUAUGCUACGUAGGAAGUAUAAACUGCAUAAGAAGGCGGUUACAGGUAUCGCGCUUGAUGGAAUGAACCGUAAGAUGGUGUCCUGUGGGUUAGACGGAUUGGUUGGAUUUUACGACUUCAACCAGUCUACGCUGUUGGGGAAGGUUCAGCUAGAUGCUCCGAUAACCGCUAUGAUCUACAAUCGUCCAUCGGAUUUGUUUGCGCUGGUAUUAGAUGAUUUAUCUAUAAUCGUGAUAGAUGCUGUAACUCAGAGGGUUGUGCGUCAACUAUGGGGACAUACCAACAGAAUUACAGCGUUCGAUUUCUCUCCAGAUGGAAGAUGGAUUGUCUCCGCCUCCUUGGACGGUACUAUCAGGACCUGGGACUUACCCACUGGUGGAUGCAUUGAUGGUGUCAGAUUAGAUUCAGUAGCUACCAAUGUCAAGUUCUCGCCUAAAGGUGAUUUGAUUGCAACAACACACGUUACAGGUAAUGGUAUAUGCAUAUGGACCAAUAGAGCCCAAUUCAAGCCAAUUUCCACCAGAACAAUCGAUGAAGAAGAGUUUGCUCAAUCUGCCUUACCUAACGCUUCAGCUACUGGUGGUGGGUCACUGCUAGAUGGUGCUUUCAAUGAGAGUACUCAAGAGGAAAAUGGGUUAGACUUCAAUACCUAUCAAUCUCUGGCCCAAAUUAGCGAUGAACUGGUCACUUUGUCUCUAGGCUCAAGAAACAAGAUGAAUACCUUAUUAGCAUUGGAUGUCAUUAGACAACGUUCUAAGCCAAAGGAACAACCAAAGAAGGCAGAAAAUGUACCAUUUUUCCUUCAACUUUCUGGUGAAGCUGUUGGUGAUGAAGCAUCGAGUAGAGAAGGUGCUGUCCAUGCAUCUCCUGAGGAAUUACGCCAGAGACAAGAAGCCAAGCAAAACGAAAAUGCUAUUCGUGAAAAAUUGACCAAUGCUAAGCCUUCUGGUGAAUUUGGAUUUGAAUCAAAAUUCACCAACUUAUUGAGAGCAGGUGCUCAAAGUGGUGAUUUUACAGAUUUCUUGCAAAACUUAGUCAACCUCUCUCCAGCAAGUGUGGAUCUCGAAAUCAAAUCAUUGAACGCUUUCGAACCUUAUGAUGAAAUCAUUUGGUUCAUCAAUGCCUUAACCCAAGGUUUAGCUUCAAACACUAACUUUGAACUUCAUGAAGCCUUUAUGAGUCUUCUCAUGAAGGCUCAAGGAGAUGUUAUACAUGUCAACAAUAGCAAUCCAAGGAUUAAAGAGGCAUUAGAUGGUUGGGAUGCAGUCCAUAGACGUGAUGAAAGACUGAAUGAGUUGGUGAAUUUCUGUGCUGGUGUCGUUAAUUUUGUAUCUAAUGCAUAA